GAUAUGCUCAAAAAGUUCUGUCAAACCAAAACACAUAAAAAAAUCUGUUUUUUUCAUGGCGGUCAGUGUCUGUCUUACGCAUUUUUAUUUUGUUUGAAUUUCGCUUGUUUGAUUUCUCUCUUGUGGUCAGGAUAACCAAAACGUGUGCUUCCGAUAAGUGAAAAGUUUAAAUGCAUUAAAUGUUACGAGAACCUGUGCACGUCGUUCGCCGAAUAUUUUAUGUGACCUAAUCGAAGUGAAUUUUGCAUUCUUUUAUUUUGCAAAAGUUUUAAUGUUCUGAGAGCCGGUUGCUCUGUUCUAUAUUUGGUGUUAUCCUUUAACAUUGGACAAAAUCCCACUCUGGAUCAACAGGUCCUUGAAAAGACGAAAAAAGAAACUAAAGCAAUGGUGGACAAUGGCAUUUUUCCUACAGAUAGCGAUGUGGCGGAUUUAUGCAAUAUCAAUACGGAAGAUCUGCUGAUGAGUAGCGAAACGCUUUUUCCGGAAAAUUUUUCUGAGUUAGAUGUAGCAAAUGCGCAACUCACAGUUCCUGAGCACUGGGACAAGUAUCCCAACAUGGAAGCUAUCGAAACCAAAUUUGGUCUCGAUAUUGGUAUUGACCCCGGAGAGAAUCAAAAUUGGCUUUACAAUCUCAAAAUGAACAAAGUUUUUAUAAAACUGAAUAGUGUAAUGACUGUAACGGUUUCAUAUAAACCGUAUGACGCUGCCAAUCUUUCAUUGCGGGCAAUGAUCGUGUACACAUCGCCCGACGACAUGCAUUUACAAGUAAAGCGAUGUGCUAAUCACAAGGCAGCAAACAUAUAUUCGAUUGACCAUCAAGAUGUGCCGGUCGAUCACAUUUUGAAAUGCUAUCAUCCUCACGCAAAAUACCAUGGCAGUGAGAAUGCCCAACUUUUCGGCGAUCGUUUGUCAAUCGUCGUGCCAUUGGAUCGUCCAGUGGUAAAUGAAAUAGGAAUCGCUAACGAAACCAUUAAGUGGGAAUUCCUAUGCCAAAAUUCGUGUACAACGGGAAUCAAUCGCAAAUCAACAGCUGUUAUCUUUACGUUAGAAAAUGAGGCAUUUGAAAUAAUUGGCAAGAAAGUUAUGCCGUUCAAAGUGUGUAGCUGUCCAAAGCGUGACAUGCAGCGUGAGGACACAUCCAUCAUUUCACGUAAACGUGAAUCGAAAGAUAUACCGCAUGGCAAACGGCCCAGUAAGAUGGUGUGCUCAGCUGAAAUAAAAGUUGAGCCGCCAACACCGUCGCCGGUGAAAAACUAUGAGCAACCAUUUCCGGACACACAAACAUCGCAUACGGUCACGUUGACUAUGCCGAACAAGGAGUCAAUGAAGCAUGUGUUACGGUGUGCAUUUAACGAAGUGACUGGGGCAAUGGCCAGAGGAUCUAAUAAUUACGAGGUUUACGCGGACAAAAUUCAAGGUCUUUUGAAUUCGCUGUAAAAGGGCGAAAUUAGACCUCGGAUGCAUGAUAAGCCGCUGCGAUCAGAAUUUAAUUUUUUUUUUACAAUUAGUAGGUUCAAUUUAAUUAUUUUCGUUUAAAUUGCUACUUAAAUUAAGUUAAGUUAAGCUCUCAGUAUAUUUGCAGUGAUUCACUUUUUCAACAGUGCCUUUCAACUGAACCGACUAUCCAAUUAUUAUUUUUCUGAUUUAUGAAUAUUGUUCCGUUUUUUUCCCACAUGAAUUUUUGUACGGAUACAGAAUAAGACACCGAUUGCAUCAAUAUUGAUUAGAGUUAGAAAUUUGUUUUAUAAAUUUUGAUUAUUUUCUACCUGGAAUGUGUUAAACAGAUAAAAUGUUUGUUAAAUUUGAGAUUGACAGAGGCAAAGCUGCUCUAAAAUUAAAUACCGACAAGUUGGUACUGACAGUCUGAUUCUUUUCACCCAGUGUACAUUUCGUUGCGUCGUGUCUUUUUUCAUUACCGUAAUACACUAAAACAGUACGUAGUAUGUCUAGUCUACAGUGCUAAAGCCAUAAAUGGUCAUAAAUUCCUGAAAGCAUCAUAUUUUCAUACAUUUUAAGUUAAAAAUUUGGAAACUUUAGGUGCCUCUGUGGCCUAAAACGUUGUAUCAAUGUCGAUGCAAAGUACUUAAUUAGGCUCACGAUGUGUUUUAUGACACAUGAGGUACUAGUCGUGUCUUAAAGUAACUUUAACGCACCGAUCGAUGACUUUCACAAAAAGUAGUGAUCGGCUUGGAUCCGGGUCGACCUGAUGGGUGGAGAUCAGUUUGUGACCCAAUUUUGACCUGAAUUCGUUUUAGGUCAGACAACCAGAAAUUCUUAGUCAAGUCGACCUGCUCAGAUUGGAUUUAAUUUUGGCCUAGUGGGUUUGACGUUUAUUGAGCUUUUUAUCAAAGGAAAGUUCAGCCUGAAGCGUCCUGUGUGUCAACCUGAUUUGUUCAGGUGAGGUUCAAGUUGAUUUUUCUUCCACACAAACCUGAACCAUUGCGAGUUUUACUAAAAGAACGAGAACCAUUGCGAGUCUUACUAAAAUCAUCUUUCAACUAAACUAACGAAUUCGAAUUUUCGCUCAGUUCCCUCAGUUUCACUUUCUCCAUCUGCAGUUUAAAGUUUCCGAGUUAGCAACUAUUUUUUACUGGUAAUUAUAAUUGACGAGUGCGUUGCUUCUUAAAUCUCAUAAAUUUGGGUUGUGAUGUUUUGUUGAUAAGAAAGUUGUUGUAAAGCUUUUAUCCGACGUAUUAGAAAUACUAUUCUUGAAUCAAAAAUAUUUUUUCUAACAAAUUCGUUAGGCUUGUCGAUCACCUGUUUUAUUGGAAUGUAAAUUUUCUGUCAGUAAAGAUGGUUGUUAAAAUGGACACUGGUUCAUUCCAAAAAAAUAAUAGUCAAAAAUUGUGCCAUGAUCUUUCUGUAGAAAAGAUUCCCAAACUGACAACAAGUGACAAAAGAGGAAACACAGUGAUCGCAAGCACAUUAUAGAACGUUGGAAUGUCAAAUAGUUUUUUUUAAAUAUUUAAAUCGAUUUAAAUCGAAUUUAUGGGCGCAGUUCAGACAUUUUCUGAUAGAUACUGACGUUGUGUUAUUUGAGAAUUUCGUUGGUUCUUCCAUUUCGAUUGUACCUUUUAUUCAGUACAAAUAUUAUACAAACAUGAUUGCAAAAUGUUGAUUGAUAAACGCGCAAUAUUAUUUUUAUUUUUAUUGAUUGAUGGAAAACAGAAAAGAAAAAAGUCUUCGGGUUAAAAGGAUAUAACCAUAACCAUACUUAAGGCAAUUCUACUGUAAUGAAAGUAAUAAUUUAGUUUUAAGUUUAUCGUUUAGUGAUCCUAAAAUUAAAAUAAACAAAAAC